AUGUAUUUACCCGUGGAUAAACCGUAUUUUUAUAUGUCUCCCUCAGAGUUGAAAAAUAUAGUUUCUAAUAUUCGUGGAGUAAAAGUAUUACAAGUGUCAUGUAAAGUCGUAAUGAGAAAUCCUCGUACGGCCUUCGAAACAAACGCAUCUACAAGUAAUUUGGCCACAUUAAAUCAAAAUAAAUUCGUACAAUAUGCUCACGGACUUGUAAACAAAACACGAGGUUUUAAUACUGUUUACGAGUUUGCCACUGCUACUAACCCUAUGGUACCCUCUGCUUGUACAGCUAUCGAUGACAAAUUUAUGAAAAAAGUUAUAAGCGCUAUGUACGGUACUAAGGCUGACGAUUGGUUAAAACCUAAUUGGUCUGUUGGAGCCACAUUGCCGUGUUCUUUUAUGAACUUACCUAUGCAGUUCCCAUCGUAUUAUACUAUGUAUGCAAAUUCAGCUCAAAACAACGGUCAAAUAGGAUGGCAAGAUAUACAGAAAUUUAUAACAAAAAAAGACGCAAGUGCCGUAAUUGGUUCUACUAUUAUCGAUUAUACAUACAAACCAACGAUUUCAUAUUUAACUAUGCCUUGGUCAUCAGUGUUCGCAGGCCGUACUAAUUUAAAAGGUACUAAUGUUGAGAAAUUUCGAGUUGAGGACACUAAUAGUAUAUCAUUACCAAACGCAUUUACACUUAAUAAAUUGGAUGGUAGUUACACGGCCGAUGUGUCAAAUAAUUACGCAAUAUUAAAUGACGAUAAAUGGAGAAAUAUAUUUAGUGAUGACUUCAAUCGGUAUACAGAACCUUUGGAAUGUGGACAAUACAUUAAGCACGGACUACGCCCAUCUAUAUCAGCAAAAAUACAACCAUCGUUGCAUAUUGGAGUUUGUCCCGUACCUCAAUUAACUACUACUAAUGCUACGUUCGUACCCGACAAAUUUACUGAUAUCGAAUGUAUGUGGGAUAUAGAAACUGAACUUGUAUGUGAAUACGGGUUACCGUAUACUUAUACAUCUUUUCCUACAUGUCAUAUUGAAUUGGAGAGCACGCCCAUGGUUGUAAACAAUACAACAAAAGAAUCUAUGUACUACGAGGAGUUAAGUGCAUUCGACAAUCAAUUUAUUUCACCGGCAUAG